AUGAAGGAACUGGGGAUCAGGGAGGAGGACCUGAUCUCCGGUGCCUACAUGGACCUUCUCCUGGCCAAGGGCCGGGAGCCUGGCAGAGACCUGCGCACCCAGCAGCAGCCGCCGCAGCCCCUGCCUGUGGUGCUGGACCCCCACGCCAAGGGAAGCCGGGAGAGACGAGGCCCACGGGUGGCCAUGGGCAGGAGCGGGCAGCAAGGCUGCGCUGAGCCCCCCCAGGACAUCAGCCUGGAGGAGUUCGAUGACGAGGACCUGUCGGAGAUCACAGAUGACUGCGGCAUUGGGCUGAACUACGACUCGGACCACUAUGAGAAGGACUGUCUGGUGCUGGAGCGCGGCGAGCAGCCGCACCCCAUCUGCACCUUCCAGGACGACUUCCAGGAGUUCGAGAUGAUCGACGACAACGAGGAGGAGGAGGAGGAAGAGGAGGAGGAGGAGGGCAAUGAACUGGAAGCUCCACCAUCCCCUUCGGCCUCACCCAUCCCCUCGCCCGCCCUGGAGGAGACGCAGAAGCACCGACCCACCACCCUCAACCUGACGGCCCCAGGCACCCAGGACUCCCUGAACAACAACGGCAGCUUCCCACCGCCCGCUCACCGCACCACCUGGCAGGACGCCCUUCUCCACUCCUCCUCCUCCUCUUCCUCACACACUGGACACUCAUCUCCCCACGCCUGCAUCCAAGACGGACCCUGCCUGGAGAGCCCGAAGGGGCCGAGCCCCGGCGGGGCCGGGCAGGCCCCCGCCUCGCUGCAGCCCUCCCCCUUUGACUCGCAAGGCAACAGCCACGAGUCCCUGGCACAUGGGCCUGCGGCUCCUCCCGGCCCCGAUGGCGCCCGGCUGACGGGUGCCUACGUGUGCCCCGCGGAGCCGCUCAGCUCCGAUGGGGAGGGCCCACAGCCCGGCCGGGCGGCCAGCGUGCGCGGGCACCCUUCGGGCUCCUCGGAGACCACCUCGCCCUCCUCGGACCCUGGCAUUGAGGCCGACCUCACCAGCAGGACCGCCAAGCCCUUCCUGCCUGGCGGCCGGCACGGCGAAGACCUCAGCUCGCCCGGCUCCGACUCGGACGUGGAGGGGGAGAUCGAGGCGGCCUUUGCUGGCGGGCGCCUGGUCAGCAACAUGAUCUCCUCCAUCUCGGAGACGGAGCUGGACCUGAGCAGCGACAGCAGCAGCGGCAGGUCCUCCCACCUCACCAACUCCAUCGAGGAGGCCAGCUCGCCCACCUCAGAGGCCGAGCUGGAGACGGAGCUGGAGGCCCCCGGCCUGAUGGGCAUCAAGGACUCCCUGCUGCUGGACAAGGGCAAGGAGGAGGAGGAGGAGACCCUGGAGAGGGAGCUCCCGGAGCACGGCGUGGUGAGACGGGAGAGCCUGGCGGAGCUGAAGAUGGAGGGCUACUAUGACAGCCUGAACCCGGUGGACUCCUCUGCACCUGCAGGCCAGACGGACCUCUCCACCUCCAGCCCCCUGGACCUGAAGAUUGACCCAGACCACAGCCUGGAGAGCAUCCGGCGCUCCUUCUACCUGCCCGUGGGGCCCAAGCUGAUGCCUGAGGCUGACGAGGAGGACAACAGUGAGUAUGACUCCGACUCGGAGUCAGAGCCCGACCUGAGCGAGGACUCGGACUCGCCCUGGCUGCUCAGCAACCUUGUCAACAAGAUGAUCUCUGAGGGCUCCUACCCCAUCAAGUGCCCGGAUGAGUGCUUCCAGCAGACCCACUCGCUCUGCGACACCAUCUCCCCAGCCUCCGACCUGGAGCCCGAGAUACUGAGCGAGGCGCUGGAUGGGGAGCCCGGCUCGCGGGACUCCCCGGUGGGCACAGGGGAGCCGGCCGCCCUGCCCCACUGCCAGCGCGCCAUUGAGCUGGUGGACAUGGAGACGCUGCGCAGCUCCCUCCAGCGCGCCGAGGACGAGCGGCCGGGCCCCUUCCUCUUCCUGAGCAACCCCACCAAUGACACCAUCGCGCCCGUCUUCCCGGGGCGCCCCGUCACCCUCGACAGACUGGGCACCUCUGAGGUCCUGGCCACCUUCGGCUGCCGCCCCGCGCCGCCCCGCGCCUCCCCGCGCGCCUCCCCCGGGACCGAGGCUGCCGCCGGGGAGCACCGCGCCACCAUGGCGCCGCCAGCCACUGGCCCAGAGGACUGGGCUGUCGACAGGGACCUGGACUCGGGCAUCCUGGAGGCCGACGACAUGAUCGACGACGUCCGGUUAGCACCCCAGGGGCAGGGCCCCGACGCCGGCUCGCCCGCCCUGGAUGUCUCCACCGCCAAGACCAACCGCGGCUUCACCAUGGCCUACUCCACAGACGAGGACGAGGCGCCCUACCUGAAGGGCUCCCCCUUCCCCGAGGACCCGCUGCGGGGAAGCUUUGGGGGGGAGCUGCCACCUGCCCCCGGGGCGCUGGAGCCGCGGGCGCUGGAUGAGUCCCUGGCCUACGACUCGAUGAAGUACACACUGGUGGUGGACGAGCACACGCAGCUGGAGCUGGUGAGCCUGCGGCGCUGCACCUCAGUGCUGAGCGACGACAGCGACCUGCUCCGCGCCUGCGACCGCUGCGACCUGGAGGAUGAGGCGGCCUUUGGAGAUGGGCUGGUGGCCCCUGACGCCCACAGCUCCUCCGAGGACUCGUCCCCUGAGGCCGACCUGCAGUUCUCCAAGAAGUUCCUCAAUGUCUUCGUCAACAGCACCUCCCGUUCCUCCAGCACAGAGUCCUUCGGGCUGUUCUCCUGCAUGGUGAACGGGGAGGAGCGGGAGCAAACCCACCGGGCUGUCUUCAGGUUCAUCCCCCGCCACGAGGACGAGCUGGAGCUGGACGUGGAUGACCCCAUCCUGGUGGAGCUGGAGGAGGAUGACUACUGGUACCGGGGCUACAAUAUGCGGACGGGGGAGAGGGGCAUCUUCCCCGCCUUCUACGCCCACGAGGUUGUCGGCCAAGCCAGGGACGCCAUCGGCCUGAAGAGGAACCCAUGCUGGGUGGAACGGUUCAAUGUGCAGUUCCUGGGCUCGGUGGAGGUGCCGUAUCACCAGGGCAAUGGCAUCCUCUGUGCCGCCAUGCAGAAGAUUGCCACCACCAGGAAGCUGACGGUGCACCUGCGCCCGCCGGCCAGCUGCGACCUGGAGAUCACGCUGCAGGGCAUCAAGCUCAUCCUCACUGUCACCGAGUACAGCCGGGACGAGGAGCGCUGCAGCCACUUCUUCCAGAUGAAGAACAUCUCCUUCUGUGGGUGCCACCCCCGGAACAGCUGCUACUUUGGGUUCAUCACCAAGCACCCGGUGCUGAGCCGCUUUGCCUGCCACGUCUUCGUCUCCCAGGAAUCCAUGCGACACGUCGCCGAGUGCGUCGGACGAGCGUUUCAGGAAUAUUACCAGGAGCACCUGGAGUACGCCUGCCCCACAGAGGACAUUUACCUGGAGUAA